CUUGCACGUGGGCUCCAGCCGCGCGCUGCCCAGGCUGCCGGCUCCUCUCUGGGCGGCUCGGGAUGUGCGCUCUCCGCCCGGCGCUGGGGCUCCUGCUCCUGGGGGCGCUGCAAGCCUUCCCACAGAAUCGCGCCCCUAGGGACCUCUGUGCCGAAGACCUCGGACUCUACUAUGACAAGGCUGCUGGGAGCUGCUGCUACCGCUGCCCCUCGGGGCUGGUCCCAGCGCAGCUGUGCCCGCAGGGGCUCGCGGGCUGCAGGAAGCACUGUGACCCCGAUUACUACCUGAAUGAGGCUGGCCGCUGCGUAGCCUGUGUGAGCUGCUCUUCAGACGACCUUGUGGAGAAGGCGCCCUGCUCCUGGAACUCCUCCCGCAUCUGCGAGUGUCGACCGGGCAUGUACUGCGUCACGUCCGCUGCCAACUCCUGCGCCCGCUGCCAGCCCCGCCCUGCCUGUCCCCCAGGGACAGUCAACAGGUCCCCAGGCGCGGCCCAGGACGCUGUGUGUGAACCGCCUUCGCCAGCCUCCAGCCCUGACUGUGCCAGCCUGGAGGGCUGCAAGGCGCCCACCAGCGGCACCACGCCCCAGGCCCAGCCCACGCUGAGGUCCCCCAAUACCACCAGGCCCACGCUGCCCAGAGGGACUGCCCCUCCUGCAGUAGAGGCUGCUUCUGGACCCCCAAGGACCUGGCCCUCCCCCAGCACCCAGCCCAGUGCAGACCCAGACCCAGGGCUGUCUCCGACGCUGCUGUGCCCACAGGGGUCUCCCACCUGCCAGAAGCAGUGCCAGCCAGACCACUACCUCGAUAGGACCGGCCACUGCAUGGCCUGUGUGAGCUGCUUGCACGAUGACCUUGUGGAGAAGGCGCCCUGCUCCUGGAACUCCUCCCGCAUCUGCGAGUGUCGGCCGGGCAUGUACUGUGCCAAGUCCGCUGCCAACUCCUGCGCCCGCUGCCAGCCCCUUCCCAUCUGUCCCCCAGGGACAGUCACCGGCCCCCAGGGUGCGGCUGAGAGGGGCACCACCUCCGAGCCACCUCCCCCAGGGAGCCACCCUGCCUGCAGGCCCACCCCUGAGGACAAUGACACACCUGUCAGCGUGCCCACGCUCAGCUCCCGGCUGGACGCCCACAGCAGCUCCGUGAGCACCCCCGUCUCCUCCUCCACCAGGAAGCCCAUUCUGGAUCCAGGCCCUGUACUCUUCUGCGUGAUCCUGGUGCUGGCGGUGGCACUUGGUUCUAGCUCCUUGCUGCUGUGCCACCGGAGGGCCUGCAGGAAGCAGAUCUGGCAAAAGCUGCACCUGUGCAAACCGACCCAGACCUUUCAGCCCACGGCCGAGCUAGAGGAUUCCAGAUCCUGGAGGAACCCAGCACCAAGGAGUGAUGUAGUGAUGACAGAGCUGGACCCCAAGCCGCCUGUGGAGACCUGUCAAAAUGUGGGCACCACCUGCCCUGAGGACCUCCCACUGUUGAAGACUGCCCUGGCCAGGGGCCCCUCGUCCUCCUGGGAGCUGCCGGAGCACCGUGUGUCUACGGAGAAUACCAAUAACAAGAUCGAGAAGAUCUACAUCAUGAAGGCUGAUACGGUGAUUGUGGGGACAGUGAAGACUGAGGCAUCUGAGGGCUGGGCUGUGGCUGGGACAGCCGAGCCGACGGCGGCGGUGCUGGAGGAACAGCUGGAGGUGGACCAUGCGCCCCACUACCCGGAGCAGGAGACGGAGCCGCCCCUGGGCAGCUGUGGCGAUGUCAUGUUCUCCGUGGAGGAGGAGGGGAAGGAAGACCCCUUGCCCACGAUGGUCUCUGAGAAGUGAGGCCUGAUCUGGAUGGGGCUGGGAGGGCAGCUGUAUGCCCUUGGAGAGGCCAGGACACUGGCAGUGCCAAGCUGGGACCUGAAUGCAGAUUUUGGUAUCUUGUGGCCUGUACAGAAGAUACUUCUGAGGGGUGUUUCCAGAUGGUGAGUUUGUUGGACCACAGAUCAAUGGCCAGGACAGGGUCCCUGCUCUGUCUGCUGUUGUGGGCACCAGCUCCGCGCCUUGCUACCAUUGACCCAGCACGAGGGUCAGUGUGCACUGAGGGAGAGACGGUGAGGCUGACUUCACUCCUUGCCUGCACAGCUCCCCCUUCUGUGGCCUCAGAGAUGAUGCCCACUGGCCUUGUCGCCCUGCCUGCAGCCCCUCGUCACUGUGUAUGUGUGCCCCUCCAACCCGCCAGUGCCUAUUGUGGUUCCUCCUGAGUCCAGGGAAAGUGGAAGCAAUGGGGCGAUGCUGGCAUCCUUUGGACCACAGCUUUUAUGGGCCAGGUCCCUGCCUGGUCCCUAGCCCUGCUCCUGCUCCACCCCCCAUUCUCAUUCACUGGCCCCUGGCUGUUCACAGAAGCCUCUGCAACAGGAGGCAUCC